CUGUUAUAUUGUAGAAAGAGGUUCAGUGUGGUGUGUGGGCGGCGUUUGGAGACGUUGAACCCGCUGCAGAGAGGCGAGGUGUGUGCGCUAAAGCCACGCCCCGCAUCCCCAUGAGGUCCCUGGGGGCCCUUAAAUGAUGAGGCCUCGAGGGCUCAGGAACCAGUGUCACUCCUCGGGCCUGAUCUCUCUCUCUCUGUCUGUCAGCGGCUUUUUGUUUUGAAACUGGUUCUUGGAUUCACGUCGAACUCGCUCUUAACACUUGUGGAAAUAUGACUUCAUCCAACGCCGACCAGCGCCUGGAGCAUCUCCUCAGCGCCGUGGAGAGCGAGUUCCAGAAGGGCAGCGAGAAGGGAGACGCCUCGGAGAGGGAUAUUAAACUGACGCUGGAGGACGCAGACCUUUGGAACAAGUUCAAAGAGUUGACCAACGAGAUGAUUGUCACCAAAACUGGAAGGAGGAUGUUUCCGGUGCUGAGGGCCAGCGUCACGGGCCUGGACCCUAACGCCAUGUACUCGGUGCUGCUGGAUUUCGUAGCCGCGGACAACAACCGGUGGAAAUACGUGAACGGGGAGUGGGUCCCCGGCGGCAAACCGGAGCCCCAGAGCCCCAGCUGCGUCUACAUCCACCCGGACUCCCCCAACUUCGGAGCGCACUGGAUGAAGGCGCCGGUCUCCUUCAGCAAAGUCAAACUGUCCAAUAAACUGAACGGGGGCGGACAGAUCAUGUUGAAUUCUCUGCACAAGUACGAGCCGAGGAUACACAUCGUGAAGGUCGGAGGGAUCCAGAAGAUGAUCAGCAGCCAGUCUUUCCCCGAGACACAGUUCAUCGCCGUCACCGCUUACCAGAACGAAGAGAUCACUGCUCUGAAGAUAAAGCACAAUCCCUUCGCUAAAGCCUUCCUGGACGCUAAAGAACGGAGCGACCAUAAGGAAGUCCCUGACCACAGUGCGGACAGUCAACAGUCCGGCUACUCUCAGCUUGGAGGUUGGUUCCUCCCGGGCCAGAGUCCCAUCUGCCCCAGCAGCAGCCCCCCUCAGUUCAGCGGCACGGCGGGCCACUCCUCCGGCUCCUACUGCGAGCGCUACUCCAGCCUGAGGAGCCACCGGACCGCCCCGUACCCCAGCCACUACCCCCACCGCAGCUCCAGCACGAACACCUACAUGGACAACACUUCAGGUUCUCUGCCGACGCACGACAGCUGGUCUGCUCUUCAGAUCCCCAACUCCACAGGCAUGGGCACUCUGUCCCACAGCACCAACUCCACAUCCAACUCCAGUCAGUACCCCAGUCUAUGGUCAGUAGCCAGCACCACCCUCACCCCGUCAGGCUCGGCCUCGGGCUCCAUACCCGGAGGUUUGACCUCCCAGUUCCUGAGGGGCUCCUCCUACACGGGCCUGACCUCCUCGCUGCCCGUCUCCUCGCCUUCCUCCAUGUACGACCCCAGCCUGGGCGAGGUCGGGGUCGGGGAGGCCCAGUUCGAGAGCUCCAUCGCCAGGCUGACCGCGUCCUGGACGCCCGUGGCCCAGAGUUACUGAGCGGCCGGAGACUCCACUCUUCUGUUGCUCGGCCGCUCGUCGCCCCCUCCUGAAGGCUGCGAGGCUCUGGGAGCAGGACUAAAGACACAAAGAGACGUCCUCGGGGGAAAGACGUGGAAAUGUCACCAGACCUGCAAAGACUCUGUUUGUGACAAAAGCGAAGAUCAUUCAUCCCAGAGCCUCUUAAUCUAAAGAGAAGGUGCAGAGUUAGGUCGCACCCGCGGCUGAUGUUGAUGUGCAGAGACAGACCUUGAGAGACGAUCAUCACCUUCCAUGUUGGACAAUAUCACACAUAGAGUAAUAAGCCUUAGAAUAGCUGCACGGUCACACCUCUUUCUUUGCUCUUAGUAAUUCCCAACAUGCUUAUUACACAUUUAUAACGUGUUUAUUUACACUUUAUUUUACUCUUACGGCUCCACACGACCACACCCAAAACCAACACAGACAAAACAACUUUUGUUUUGAAGGAACAUUAAACAUAAAAGAUGAAGAAAAAAGAAAAAAAAAAGGUUGGGCUAACAUUAAUGUGUAUAUGUGUGUAUAUAGAAUAAAUUAACGUCCAGUGUUUUCCAUGUAAAUGUUCCUUCUUCUGGUUGCAAUACAAAUGAUUGGACUGAGAGUCACAAGUGCCUUCUGUUUCCUCCCUCCCUGCACAAACACAUGUACAUAAACUAUGUAUUUGUAUUUGAACUCACUGUGAGUUUUAUUUAUGUCAUUUAAUAAUAAAUUAAAUAUGUUUGUUUUCUCAAACUUGGGAUUCGUUUUGUCAUUUUCUUUGACUUUAUACGAUGAUUUCGAGGAGCUGUGUGUCUCAGCGGUUUCAGCACGAUAAGCUUUUAUUACAACACACGAUAAAGUCCCAUCAUCCCUCGAGGGGCAAACAAAGGUCAAGUGGUUUCAUUAAUAAAAGGUCACGCAAGAGACAGCUCAAAAAAAAUUUCAUGUCUCACUUUGAAAGCGGCGGCUUGGCCUCGAGGUGUAACUCUCACUUUGCCCUCGCGCAUCAAACCUCGACCUGAUAUGAGCUUUCUUUAAAUAACAGCGUCCGCACAGCUGCUCUAAGUGGACGUGGCGUCUGUGCCGAGCAGCCCAGGUGACACGGUGACGGAGAGGUGUCCAGUUCGAGAGAACCGCCGCUCCGUGGUACUUUUCCAUCACUGGCGCCCUUUCGUUACAAUCCGCGUCGUGGUGCGACAUACGGCGAACACAUUCAGAUCUGCGUGUGAGGAGAGUCGAAGAUACAGAAUACCGACCGCGAAACGCUGCCAACAAUGAAAUUAAUAAAGUAAAUAAAUAGAAAUGUUCAUAAUAAUACUGGUAUUUUUCCAAGAGUUAGCUUUUUGUCGUUAGCAUAAACUUAGCAACACAACGCAGCUCAGGUUAGCAACAUUUGCUUCUUAAAGAAACCUUGUUGUCUUAAUAUAAUAAUAACUUUAUAACAUUAUAAUGAUAAUAAUUAUGGUAAGAAUUCAGUUUUAAUAUCAGUAGAAUAAAACCGAUGUUGCCUGGUUUCAUUACAUGAAGAAAUUAUCUUUUUUUUUUGACAAAAAACAACAACAAAGAGCUAAUUGCUCUACACAAUCAGUAUUAAUAAUUAAAACAAAGAAGGAAAAUAAAUAAAAAAAUAAGAAUAAUGACAUAUUGAUGCAACACUUUUGCCCCUUUCUUUCCUUAAAUAAAAAUAACAGCAACAAUAAUAAUGAAGAAAAAGGUUUUAGAUUAUUCAGAAAAAGCUAGGCUAACUGAUUUUAGUUUAUAAUUGGGGGUGGUUGUUAAUUCUUUAAUUUAUUAUUAUUAUUUUUAUCUUUUAUAUAUAUUUUUUUAAUCAUAUCUGACUUGAGGUCACAGCUGACACAGUUUUACCUUUUUAACAUUAUUUAACUUGUUAAAUGUAAAUGUAAAGUCCCAUGUACAUAUAAAAUAAAAGUAACAUCAAACUUAUUAUA